GUAAGAUUGGUUGGGAGUGUCCGUUGUGCCGAUGCGUAAUGAUAGCUCCAAACAUUGUCGCGACCUGAAGCGUGAGUCGCGAGACCUGGGGUUCGACAGAAAACUUGUUCUCCGCGCUUGCUUUGCGGGGGUAGGAGGGGGACGUAGCGCUCGUGGAGCUGAGGAAAGCAGGUAUUGUGAGAGGGAGAAGGAAGGGAGGAAGGUGUUUCAGCCCCUUUCAGGAGGAGGAGGAGGAGAUGAGGAACUGGUAGGCGUAUAGAUCGCGUCAUGCAGUAGUGGUACACAGAUCGAAGGCAAAUUGCGCAACAUCUGUUACGCAACAGUGUCAGCCAUCUCGACGACAGAAAGGAAGCUGAAGGUAAGGAUUUAAAUCGAGUUCGAGUAAUUCACUGGGGACUCAAUUUGAUUUAUUGAAGCGGGAUUGCGAUUCUCGAUUUCUCGAAUGAAAUUUUCGGACUCUG